AGAUGUAUGGGCGUUCCUAUUGGUAUCCAAGGUUCAGUACUGCAGUCUUUAUGAUCAGGGGUAUACCUCAAUUGGGAGCAUUCAUGACACUGUUCGUAAUGCACUUUUGUGCAUCAGGAACUCCGACAAUAGUGAAGAGAAGUUUAAACCUGCCUAUUUACUUGCUGAUGGAAGGUUGGAAAGAGCUGGAAGGGUAAAGAAGAACUCCUCUCUGGUGUGUGGGAAAUUAUCUUCUAUUAGCAAUGGAGUGAAAAUGGAGAAUUUGAAUUCCGGCAGCAUGCUUACUGCCUCGAUUAUUACUGUGGGGGAUGAAAUUUUGUUUGGCACUGUAGAGGACAAAUUGGGGUCUAUGUUGUGUAAAAAGCUCCAUUCUAUUGGUUGGGCAGUAUCGCGAGUUGCUGUCACUCGAAAUGAUAUAGAUUCUGUAGCCGAGGAAGUAGAGAGACAGAAGUCCACAGAUGAUAUGGUACUUAUAUUUGGCGGGAUAGGCCCAUUGCAUUCAGAUGUUACUGUAGCAGGAGUAGCAAAAGCCUUUGGUGUUCGCAUGGCUCCUGAUGAAGAAUUUGAAGAACAUCUGAGGCACCUUAUAGGUGAAAAAUGCUCCGGUGACAAGAACGAGAUGGCGCUGUUGCCCGAGGGUAUUACAGAAUUGUUGCAUCAUGAACAGCUACCUGUGCCUUUGAUCAAGUGCCAUAAUGUGAUUAUUCUCACUGCGACAAAUGUUGUAGAGCUGGAUCGGCAAUGGGAUUGUCUGAUCGAAUUGGCAAAAUCUAAUGGCAUCCUGGUAUUGAUGGAUCCAUUUGUAUCAAAAUGCUUUGCAACAACUCUUUCUGAUGUCGAAGUUGCU